AAACUAAACUUAGUCGCUAUAAGUCGUCGCGACAGAACUGAAUUCUUAUCGCGUCUGCAAGUUUAAAUGCAGAUUUUUCCGUCCUUUUCCUUUUAAAGACCUUUUUAAGUACUAAUUCAUUAGUAGAUCAAUGAUCUGUGAUUAUUAUAUAGUCAAUGUUGUUAUGUAAUUGAAAUUAUUUAAUUAAAGUUAAGUACAAUUUUUUAAUGUGGAAAGAAUAGUGUGAGGGGAACAACGUUUUUGUAAAAGUGCAGAUAUGGAAUGGUGUAAUGUUUAUUUAUUAGUAAUUUCUUUAUGUUUAUGUAGUAUAUUAGCUACUCAUCGCAGUGAGAAUAAAGUCGAAAAGAGACUAUCAUACGUAGACACAUUAAUUGAGAACUUACAAAGUGAAAAUUGGGAAAAUGAUGUGGUUUGUUAUGAUAAGAUUUUAGAAAUAUUGCAUAGUGCACGAAAUUCCUCGUUAUGGGCUGUUUGGGUGUUAGAUUCAAUACAACUUCCGACGGGUGUUUUAUACGGAUCAAAAUAUCAAUUGGGGAAUUACGAUGAAUGUAUGAAAGCGGUAUGGUUAAACACCCACCCAGAAUUGCGAACUAAAUAUUGCCUUGCCGAUGUGCAGUUAACCGAUGUUAUGCCACAAAAAGGAGGAGAAUUCAACCCUUAUGGGACUAUGGAGCCUUAUAUCAAUACUAAAACGAAACACGCACGAGCCCUGAACACAAUCACGUGGGGCAUCUGUGUGCCCUCGCAAUGCGGGAAAGAGGGUGUGGCGAUAUUCCUGAGGAUGCUUCUCAGGUUCAGUGCUCUCGGAGGACUAUCCUCAGAGCCCCGUAUCUCUGUGGAUGACUGCCAGCUGGCUGGUGAACCGUACUUGUAUGGUACAGGAGUUUCAGUGUUCUUUUAUGUAAUAUUGUCCUUGAUGAUAAUAGCUGUUGCGUCGACGUGGUAUCUAUCAGUAAACGACUGUGAAACAUCAGACUCAAUCUUGCCAAAACUAGCCAAAGUAUUCUGCAUGAACAAGAACACUUACGACCUGGUGAAACCAAGUUCUGAUGACAUCCCAGCGCUGCACGGCGUAAGAGCAUUGACUGCGUUCAUCUUCGUGCUGACUCACCAGGUCUUCUUUCAUAACUCUGCUGCUGUUGUCAAUGGACUUGACGUAGAUAAGGACUUGGACAUGGUAUUAUUUACAACCCACACUGAUCUGCUCACUGACACGUUUCUGCUGAUGUCAGGAUUGCUUCUAGCAAGAGGGUUGGCUACCAAGGAAAAGCUGGAGAACCCACUGUUAGCUCUCUGGAAACGAUAUAUCAGAUUAAUCGGCCCAAUGGCUCUGAUGGUGUACUACAUGGCUUCCGUAUUUAAGCACAUGGGAGACGGUCCUAUGUGGCCUCGCUUGGUCGGUUACGAGCAGGAGACUUGCGAGAAAAAUUGGUGGCUUAGUCUACUUAUGCUCAACAACUAUAUUAACAGUGAGGAAAUGUGCUACAUUAUCCUAUGGUAUAUACCAGCGGACUACCAACUGACGAUCCUCGGAAUAGCACUGAUUUACCUCUGCCGUCGCCACCGUCGUCUAGGGAUGGUCACCGUAGGAGUAGUAGCAUUAUUAUCCGUGUUGCUACCAGCAGUGGACACCUAUCACCAGCGACUGCCAGCCACUUUAAUUUAUGAUAUUGAGACAAUGAUUAACAUCCGUGGCAACGCGGUAUUCAACAACACAUACAUCCGCAGCCACCAUCGCGUCGGCGCCUACCUUGUGGGGCUGGCAGUCGGCUGCCUCAUGGCCUGGUACAAGCCUCCUCAAUAUAGAAACAUCAUCAAUAAGAAAUGGUCAACAAUCCUGUUCACCCUGGUCUUCAUCCUCGCCUGGAUCCCUCUAAGCAUGGGCGGAGUGUUCUACAUCCGGGAGUACGAUGUUUUGGAAGCAACGGCGUAUGCCGCCACCAACAGAAUCGUCUGGGCAUUGGCUAUCAGCGGGAUAAUCAUAAUUUGCGAGUACGGGCAUAUACCCAUAGUCAAUAAUCUCCUUGGCUGGAGUGCAUGGGUGCCGCUGAGCCGCCUGUCAUACGGGUUGUACCUGACACAUCCUGCCCUCAUCAUGUACAAUGUCUACUCAGCCAGGGCGCCGCUCACACAGAAUCCCUUCACCAUGCUAAGCCAUACAUUCGGGCCGCUGGUGAUUGGAUGUCUAUUAAGUCUGGUGAUCUGGUUGCUGGUCCACGCUCCUAUCAUAGGUCUGACGAACCUCAAAUUUGGGAGCAAAAAACAAGCACCACAAAAAUCCUUACCAGAAGAUUCGUCACCGGAGAACAAUAUAGGAAAAGUAGAAAUUAAUAAUGUUAAUAAUAAAAUUAAAAUCUUAUAACCAAGA